CUAUCAUGUUCGCAGAAUCGUGGUGUUUAGCGCCCCCCUGUGGUACUUUUGUUUUCCUACUUUCCGUGACCCGGAAAUACAUUUCAGUCCUCUCGGCCACGCGUGUGAAAGGAUCCGCCAUGGGGAAGUCCAAACAAACGGGAAAUCACAACAGCGACAAAAAGAAGAGCAUCUCAAAGACAUGGAAGACUAAACGCAGGACCAAGGACCUGGACCAGAUCCACGCGGACAUGAAGCCCGAGACCGCCGCCAAGCUGCUGCACCAGAAGGUCGACGUGGAUGUGACGGGCUGUGCGCAACACUACUGCUUACACUGCGCGAGAUAUUUUGUGGACUUGAGAUCCAUGAAGGAGCACUUCAAAACUAAAGUGCACAAAAGACGGUUGAAAAAGCUCAGCGAGGAGCCCUACACACAGGCGGAGGCAGAGCGAGCAGCGGGAAUGGGCUCCUACAUCCAACCAAAAAAGGUUGAAGUGAAGACACAGGCUGUGGAAGAGGACAUGGUCUGAGAGCUGCUUACUGAAUCUAUGGACUGAUCAAUUAAAUUGCAGAAGCAUUUACACAAUUGCUUAUAUUCUUUCUUGCUGUGACAAAUGUUCAGUGCAUUUUAGGUGAUUUUUUUUUGACACACUUCUUUUGUCUGUGUUUGUGCAGUAUUUUUAGCUAGUGGUCAUCCGGCAAUCAACAAAGCAGGAAAGUCUCAUCUUAAUCUGGCCAAUGUAAUGUGACAUGUGUCUUUAAAAAUAGUGAUCAUUUGUGUAAUACUAAUAAGCUUUAACAUAUAGUCGAUGGACUGCAUUCAUGCUUGACUACAAAGUUUGAUUAAAACAUUGUUUCAUCAGUUAUUUUGAAA